CAAAAUGGCCUCGCCGGCUGACAGCUGUAUCCAGUUCACCCGCCAUGCCAGUGACGUUCUUCUCAACCUUAAUCGCCUCCGGAGCCGCGACAUCUUGACUGAUGUCGUCAUCGUGGUCAGCCGUGAACAGUUUAGAGCCCAUAAGACAGUUCUGAUGGCCUGCAGCGGCCUGUUCUAUAGCAUCUUCACAGACCAGUUGAAGUGCAACCUCAGCGUGAUCAAUCUGGAUCCUGAGAUCAACCCUGAGGGCUUCUGCAUCCUCCUGGACUUCAUGUACACAUCUCGGCUCAACCUGCGGGAAGGGAACAUCAUGGCCGUGAUGGCCACCGCUAUGUACCUACAGAUGGAGCACGUUGUGGACACUUGCCGGAAGUUUAUCAAGGCCAGUGAAGCAGAGAUGGUUUCUGCCAUCAAACCUUCCCGUGAAGAGUUUCUGAACAGCCGGAUGCUGAUGCCCCAAGACAUCAUGGCCUAUCGGGGUCGGGAGGUGGUGGAGAACAACCUCCCACUGAGGAACACCCCUGGGUGUGAGAGCAGAGCUUUUGCUCCCAGCUUGUACGGUGGCCUGUCCACACCACCAGCCUCUUACCCCAUGUACAGUCACCUCCCAGUCAGUCCGUUCCUCUUCUCUGAUGAGGAACUUCGAGAUGCUAGGAUGCCUGUGGCCAACCCCUUCCCCAAGGAGCGAGCACUCCCUUGUGAUAGUGCCAGGCCAGGGCCUAGUGAGUACAGCCGGCCGGCCCUGGAGGUGUCUCCCAGCCUGUGCCACAGCAGCCUCUACUCACCCAAGGAAGCAGUCCCAGAGGAAGCACGAGGUGACAUGCGCUACAGUGUGGCCGAGGGCCCCAAGCCUGCUGCCCCCACAGCCCGGAAUGCCCCAUACUUCUGUGACAAGACCAGCAAAGAAGAAGAGCGACCCUCUUCAGAGGAUGAGAUUGCCCUGCAUUUCGAGCCCCCCAACGCACCCUUGAAUAGGAAAGGUCUGGUUAGUCCACAGAGCCCCCAGAAAUCUGACUGCCAGCCCAACUCACCCACAGAGUCCUGCAGCAGCAAGAAUGCCUGUAUCCUUCAGGCCUCUGGUUCCCCUCCAGCCAAGAGUCCCACUGAUCCCAAAGCCUGCAACUGGAAGAAAUACAAGUUCAUUGUGCUCAACAGUCUCAACCAGAAUGCCAAGCCGGAGGGGCCCGAGCAGGCUGAACUGGGCCGCCUCUCACCGAGAGCUUACACUGCCCCACCUGCCUGCCAGCCACCGAUGGAGCCUGAGAACCUUGACCUCCAGUCCCCAACCAAGCUCAGUGCCAGCGGGGAAGACUCCACCAUCCCCCAAGCCAGCCGGCUCAACAACAUCAUGAACAGGUCCCUGACAGGCUCCCCACGCAGCACCAGUGAGGGCCACUCGCCCCUCUACAUGCAUCCCCCCAAGUGCACAUCCUGUGGCUCUCAGUCCCCGCAGCACACAGAGAUGUGCCUCCAUACCGCUGGCCCCACGUUCCCGGAGGAAAUGGGAGAGACUCAGUCUGAGUACUCAGACUCCAGCUGUGAGAAUGGGGCCUUCUUCUGCAAUGAAUGUGACUGCCGCUUCUCUGAGGAGGCCUCGCUCAAGAGGCACACGCUGCAGACCCACAGUGACAAACCCUACAAGUGUGACCGCUGUCAGGCCUCCUUCCGCUACAAGGGCAACCUGGCCAGCCACAAGACCGUCCACACGGGUGAGAAACCCUAUCGUUGCAAUAUCUGUGGGGCCCAGUUCAACCGGCCAGCCAACCUGAAAACCCAUACUCGAAUUCACUCUGGAGAGAAGCCCUACAAAUGCGAAACCUGUGGAGCCAGAUUCGUACAGGUGGCCCACCUCCGUGCCCACGUGCUCAUCCACACUGGGGAGAAGCCCUAUCCCUGCGAAAUCUGUGGGACCCGCUUCCGGCACCUUCAGACUCUCAAGAGCCACCUGCGUAUCCACACGGGAGAGAAACCUUACCAUUGCGAGAAGUGUAAUCUGCAUUUCCGCCACAAAAGCCAGCUGCGACUUCACCUGCGCCAGAAGCAUGGCGCCAUCACCAACACCAAGGUGCAAUACCGCGUGUCCGCCACCGACCUGCCUCCGGAGCUCCCCAAAGCCUGCUGAAGCAUGGAGUGUUGACACUUUCCCCUCCAGCCACUCCUCAGAAUCGACCCAAAGGAUACUGUAACACUUUACAACAACGUCCAUCCCAUGAUGUAGUGCCUCUUUCAUCCACUAGUGCAAAUCAUAGCUGGGGGCGGGGGGUGGGGGACGGGGCCUGGGGGGCCUGGGAGCUGCAGCGGCUUGCCUCCCCCAACUGCCAUAAAACAUAAGAAAAUAAUAUCGCUUCUUCUCCUCCGUGUAAGGCAAACCAUGUCAGCAAACACAGCAAAAUCAUUUUAUAUAUCAAAGCAGGGGAAUAUGCGAAAGUUCUGACUUGACUUCGUCUGGAAAAUGAGGAAUGUAUAUGUUUUGUGGGAACACAUAUUUCUUUUGUAUGUAAAUGAGCAUUCUUUUAAAAGACCGGACUUCAGUAUGUUAUCAAAGAGAGGGCUUUAAUUUUUUUAACCAAAGGUGAAGGAAUAUAUGGCAGAGUUGUAAAUAUAUAAAUAUAUAUAUAAUAUAAAUAUAUAAACCUAAAAAGAUAUAUUAAAAAUAUAAAACUGCGUAAAAGGCUCGAUUUUGUAUCUGCAGGCAGACACGGAUCUGAGAAUCUUUAUUGAGAAAGAGCACUUAAGAGAAUAUUUUAAGUAUUGCAUCUGUAUAAGUAAGAAAAUAUUUUGUCUAAAAUGCCUCAGUGUAUUUGUAUUUUUUUGCAAGUGAAGGUUUACAAUUUACAAAGUGUGUAUUAAAAAAAUGAAAAGAACAAAAAAAGCCGAAGAAGGAGAAAAUGUGUAAUUUUGUUCUAGUUUUCAGUUUGUAUAUACCUGUACAAUGUGUCCUCACGGUGCCUUUUUUCACGGAAGUUUUUAGCGAUGGACGGGAGUGUGCCAUCCCUUUUUGAAGUGUAGGCAGACACAGGGACUUGAAGUGGUCACUAACUAAACUCUCUUAGGGAGUGUUUGUCUCAUCCCAUUCUGCGUCAUGCUUGUGUUAUAACUUCUCCGGAGACAGGGUUUGGCUGUGUCUAAACUGCAUUACCAUGUUGUAAAAUAUAGCUGUACAAAUAUCGGAAUAAAAUGUUGAAAAAUCA